UAUAACAUUAUAUUAUAUUAGAAAAAUCACAAACCAAACAAAAGAGGGAAAAAAGUGGGUCACUUUAGCCAAAACCUUCACUUCCCAUCCCUCAUCAAUGGUGUUCCUCUCACUGGGUGGAGCUUUACGCAAUCCCAUUAUACCCUCCAUCUUCCAUCCAACAACUAUCUAAAGAAACUGUGUCUCCAUUUCUCUCUAUUCACCAUUAUUUUUAUUCUAUUUUUGUUCUUAUUUCUAAUGCAUUUUUCUCUGUCACUGUCUCAUAACACUCUUUGAACCACCGCAAAUAAAACAACCACACUCCUUUUACUCAACCCCACUUUUCUUCUUCCUUAAGCUUCCAAGUUUUGAUUUUUCUCUAAAUUAUAUUUAGAAAAAAAAAAAUAACAGCUUUUCUGGGGUAUUUUCGUAAUUUUCUUCAUUUUCAUGGGUAACAUAGGAAGCAGUGGUUCUAACAGCCGCCGGAGACACGGUGGCAGCGGCAGCGGGAGACGGAUUCACCCGCCGCCGGUGCCUCCGCAGCCGGAAAUCACGGCGAACCGGUUCGCGUACCCUCCCGCCGCCACGCCUUAUCACAACUACCCCGGUUACUAUCCGCCGCCGACAACCAUACCGGCUCCGUUGCCGGCGCCGUACGACCACCAUCACCGUCCGGCGGUAGACCCGAUGUGGGGGCGUUACGCUCCGCCGCAACCGCUGCUGCCACCUACGCCGUAUGUGGAGCAUCAGAAGGCGGUUACUAUAAAGAACGAUGUCAACAUCAAGAAGGAGAGUCUUAGGAUUGAACCUGAUGACGAAAAUCCUGGGCGUUUUCUUGUGUCAUUUACUUUCGAUGCCACCGUUUCUGGGAGCAUCACCAUACUUUUCUUUGCAAAAGAAGGUGAAGGUUGCACCCUAACCCCAAUGAAGGAAGAUGUUCUUGCACCCGUGACUGUAAAUUUCCAGCAAGGUCUUGGCCAGAAGUUUAAACAGCCAGCCGGAACUGGGAUUGAUUUUUCAAUAUUUGAGGAGUCUGAGUUAUUGAAUGUGGGGGACAUGGAUGUCUAUCCAGUUGCUAUCAAAGCAGAUGCAUCGUCUGGUGACCAUGAUGAUGGAUCAAAUGAAACUCCAACACCCGGUAAUACAAACUCUCAGAUAACUCAAGCAGUGUUUGAGAAGGAGAAAGGAGAAUUCCAGGUGAAGGUUAUGAAGCAGAUCUUAUGGGUAAAUGGAAUGAGGUAUGAACUGCAGGAGAUAUAUGGUAUUGGAAAUUCAGUGGAGAGUGACUUGGAUGGGAAUGACCCUGGAAAAGAGUGCGUUAUAUGCUUGUCAGAGCCUAGGGACACAACUGUCCUUCCUUGUCGCCACAUGUGCAUGUGUAGUGGAUGUGCAAAGGUUUUGAGAUUUCAGACAAAUAGAUGUCCAAUUUGCAGACAACCAGUUGAGAGGCUUUUGGAGAUCAAAGUUGGACCUGAACUUGAACCUCAAACUCAACCUCAACCUCAAGAGUGAAGAUACAAUUUUAGUAGUAACACAAGCUUCCUGUACAGUCCAACUGUUAUACUUAAUACUCUUAACUUACUUUCUCAUGGCCUUUCCAAUAAUCCAAAAAAAAAAAAAAUGGAAAUUGGAAUAUAUGUAUGACAUUCUGUUUGACAUGGACAACGGGCUGGCAUUGCACCUUAUUUGUAUUAUUGUUGUAUAAGCUAAUGCCUACGCCAUGCUUGUUUGGCUUUAUUUCGGAUUUC